AGAUUUCAGAUUUAGCAAUUUAGCGCUGUCAGACAUCACUUGCAUUAGUUGUCAAAAUCGGGAACGUCGAAAAUUAGAGUCUCUGUUUUAUCAAACGAUUGUGAAAAAUUUUCAUUUUUAAAAUUCGAAGAAAAUGAAGAAGGACGCAAAUGAUAAAAUCCCCGAAAAUUUCGAUUUCGAUGAGGAGGUCGCUCGUCUUAUGGUCGAAUAUGACGUGAUAAUUGUAGCUGAAUGGGAUGAAUCAAUUUUUGAUGAGAUUGAAUUUGAGGACAGCAACGAGGGCGACCACAAUCCAACACCUAAUGAGGGCAAUCAGUAGGUGCGAUAACGCAAAGAUAUAUAUUUAAAUAAUGGAGCUCUGGAUACUGCAUUUUUCACAAUCUGUUUGUUAUCAUUAACUCUCAUUAAAAUUCUUUGCCAUAUUGCCAUGUA